CUCCUUGCAACUUCCACCCCUACCACCUACCUUGAUUCUCUUGAGACUUUUUUUCCAAUGGCGUCAAAGUUUAUCUUUACCACUGUGGUUUUACUUAUGCUUUUGUGCUUGCUUCUGAUGAGGGAGCCUUCUGGUUGCGGUUCUGCGUAUGAAUGCUUUGGUGCUAAUGCAGCUGAUCUAAGGGACAUUCCAAACAGGAAGGUGCUGUCUGUUUUGAAGGAUAAGAAAACUAGUGCUCUGAAGGCUAGUCUGCAAGGAUCAUCAAGCAACAAGUAUGGUGAAAAGCCACUGAAUUGGGAGUUAAGGAAGGUUCCUUCUGGUCCAGAUCCGCUGCAUCAUAAUGGUGUCAACCCCAAAAAGCCUCAAACCCCUUAAACUCACCGAUGGAACCUUCUUUGUGCUCUUGGCCUAGUAUUAGUUAUCAGUGUGAACAUCUACCAGCUUAUGGCAUAAAUAUAAACAUACACUCAUCUUCCUUUUCAUCUCUUGUUUUACCUAUUUUCCUCUCUCUUUUUUCUUCUUAGUAUUU